AUGAAGGGGGGCGGUGCCAUGAAGCCGUCGUCCAUGUUCUACGUCCACGAGGCGGACGUCGUCCAGAUCCACCACUUCCUCGAGGAGUGCUCCCUCUGCGCCAAGUCGCUCUCCGGCGACAUCUUCAUGUACAGAGGUGACACGCCGUUCUGCAGCGAGGAGUGCAGGCAGCAGCAGAUCGAGGUGGACAGGGCGAAGCACCGGCGGAAGAAGCGCGCGGCGGCGCACGCGCUGACCGCACGCAGCAGGGAGCACCGGCACCACCACCACCACCACCACCACCAUCACCAUCAGCACCACCAGCAGCCGCAGCCGCAGCCGCGGAAGGCCGGCAUGGACGCCAACCACCACCCGUGGGUCGACGCCGGGUUCGCCAGGGCGCCCGCGCUGCGCGUCUGA